AGCAGAGGAACCCGACUUGUUUUUGGGGAGAGUCAUUCAAGCAAUGAUUUUCGCAAUCUUGCCUUGCUGAUUUUCUCGUCUGAACCCAUAUCUUGUUUUAUUAAACCCCAGUCAUGUCAAAUUCUUCGUACGAAACUUUGUAGACAGAUGUUGCUCCUUAAUUAACUAAAUUAUUCUGGGUUUUUUUGUUUUGUUUUGUUUUGAUAUACAGAGAGAGAGAAUAGGCCAACCGUGCGAGAUCAGGGUUCAGAGUGCUAUACCAAUAUGCUACCCGAUUCUUCUCCCGCCCUCGUUCUUUGACUUUACCUUUAUGCCUUUUCUAUUAGAGACCUCUUCUCUUCCCCGUUGGUUCCUCCUCUGUUUUAUCAUUUCCUCGCCAAUUCAACAAGACCCAUUCAAUAUUAUCUUCCCCUCCUGCUUCUUUUGUCCUUUUCUCUCUCAACCUCCUUCUUGACACCAAAAUCCCAGAACAAAAGGAGAGAGAGCCUUCUGCGUCCAAUGAUGAAUGAGCUCUGUCAUCAGAUUCGGCGGUGGAUUUUCCACAGCGACAGAACUUCCUUCCUGGCAGCAAACAGGUGCUAACUCUUGGUGGGUUUCUUCUUUAGUUGAUUUCUCUUCUGAUUGUACUUUUAUAUUUGGAAUUUUGUAAUCAUGGGCUGUGCUAGUUCCAAGCAAAAGCGAUGUCGGCAUUGCAACGCUCCGUAUUCCCCUGUGCCCAGAAGCUACUCAAUGCACGUCCACCACCCGCCUCAGAAAGAAGGCGAUAGCAACCAUGUCGUGGCUCUCACCUCCACCACAUUGGGUUCUCUCAAGCUUGAUUCUCCUCUUUCAAGUUAUCAGAAAACUCACAGGCUUCCUGAAAUCGGAGGCCAGAAUGGUUUCAAGUUUUCCCACAGCAAAGUCAGUGAUAGUGACGGUUUCAGCUUUGACAACCGCGAUUCAAUUGACGAUGAUAAGAAGAAGAAGAAUGAGGACUUAUCCGCAAGUCAGAGAAAGAUUAAGGAAUUCUCGAUGGGGCUGAUCGAGGCCAAAACAUGGUCCAAUAUGAUCGACGAGAAGCUACCGAAAUAUAUGCCCAGGACUCCGAUCAGAACUCCUCCAGGUGAACCGGAGACAAUCAACGCGUGGGAAUUGAUGGAAGGUCUCGAAGACAUCAGUCCCUUCCGAUCACCCAAUCACUUCCGGAGCUUCUCUUUCGAUCAAUCUGUUUCUGCUCCGACUGAUCCACCAAGGUCAGGCCUGGUACAGGAUGGCACUCGGUCCUCCAAACCUUUGUGGCUUCAAAUGAGCGAAGACGAAUUAAGUCCCAGGAUUCCCCCUGCAAUUACCGAUUUUGAUCCUGAAGUCAUUUCCUCAUUCAGAGAGUCGUUACAAGAGCUCUCCCCAGAAAUCCCUUUUCAACUACGGCUAAUCGAUGAUGAGAAAAACCAUAGCAUAACUGCUAAUAACUUGUCUUUUGAUGUCACCGAAGAGAAUACAAUUGAAGGUAAUGAUAUGGAUUUGAAGACUCUUCCAUUCAAUAAAGACAAGGUGGUUUUGUACUUUACGACCUUACGCGGAGUGCGGAAGACUUUCGAGGAUUGUUGCCAUGUGAGGCUCAUAUUGAAAGGAUUAGGAGUCCGUGUCGACGAACGAGACGUGUCGAUGCAUUCGGGAUUCAAGGAUGAGCUCAAAGAGCUUCUGGGUGAUAAGCUUACUGGGAUUGGAUUGCCUGUAGUGUUCAUUGGAACUAAGCCCAUUGGUGGAGCUGAGGAAAUUCAAAAACUGCAUGAAGAUGGGAAGCUUGAAAAAUUACUCAACUGCUGCGAAAGAGUCGGUGAUGAGCGUGGAGGUAACAGCGAUAUAUGUGAAGCUUGUGGGGAUAUUCGAUUUGUGCCCUGUGAAACAUGUUCUGGAAGCUGUAAAAUUUAUUUGGAAGCCGAAGAAGAAGAUGAAGAUGGUGAAGUAGGUGACUAUGGGUUCCAGCGGUGCCCCGAUUGCAAUGAAAACGGGUUAAUCCGCUGCCCGUUGUGUUGCUCGUAGAUUUCACCUUCCAAUCACAUUUUAACAGAGGUAAUUUUUCAGUCUGCUGGGUGUCUGUCUUGUGUGUUCUUAUGAAGUUUUGGUGCCGUAUAGAUAAUGAGAAAGUGGCAUUAUGAGUGAACAAUAGUCUUUCACUCUUUUUGUACAACAAACAAAUACAGUUUAAAAUGUAUACUUUUUGGUUUUUCUUUCUUUCUUUUUCCUUAUUUUUAGAAAGGAAAUAAAAUUUACCACUAUCUUCUUUGGUGAAAA